AUAAAAACUCCACAAACUAUGAAAGUCUUCGCCUCGUCUCAUCAAACACCAAUUAAGAACAAACCCUUCUUCAACCUCGCCAUGGUUACUCACAGAUACUUCUUACUCUUCUUCUUUUUUAUCAGUAGCUUCCUCUGUUCUGCUACCAUUGAAGCAUUACGACCUACUUAUCUUUACCACAACUGCUCCACCGCCGGAAAAAGCUUCUCUGCUAAUAGUACCUUCCAAUCCCACCGGACCACCCUCCUCUCCUCCUUAGCUUCAGCCAAUGCCGCCUUCUACAACACCACCGUUCCUGGAGGCAGUGAAGCCAUCUACGGCCUCUUCAUGUGCCGGGGCGACGUCUCCCUCCAGGUCUGCCGCGAAUGCGUCGCUAACGCAACCCAACUGCUACCUUCUGAGUGCCGGUUUUCGAAGGAGGCCGUAAUCUGGUACGACGAGUGCAUGCUUCGCUAUUCCAACACCUCUUUCUUCUCCACCAUUGAUAAAUGGCCGACCGUCGUCAUAUUGAACCCGUACAAUAUCUCCAACUCGCACCAGGCAAGAUUCAAGAAUUUCUUGCUGAAUUUUAUGAAUGAGACAGCAAGUAUGGUGGCGGUGGUGAAAUCUGCGUCAGAGGGAAAGGCGUACGCGAAGAACCAAGCUAAUUUUCAGUCUCAAACUGUAUACAGUCUAGCUCAGUGCACGCCGGAUCUACGGCUUGAAGAUUGCAGAAGUUGUUUGCGUGGUGUGAUUGGGAACAUUCCGUUGUGUAGUGAGGGGAAGAUCGGAGGAAGAGCUGUGAAUCCCAGCUGCAACAUUCGCUAUGAGAUGUCGCCGGCACUGGCCAGGGCUCCGGCUCCGACGCCUAGACGGCAUCAUCAUCCUCGACCUCCAGCAAGGACAAUUGUGAUAAUUGUGGCUUCUCUUUUUGUUGGCGGGGCAAUUUUUUAUUCGGCUUACUAUCUCUUAAAGAUUCGAAUGAAGAAGAGUCAUAGGGCUAUUCUCAGACAAAAGUACUUUGGAAGGGAAAGCACAACUUUAGAGCAUCUGCAAUUUAAUCUGGCUACAAUUGAGGCUGCGACAAAUAAGUUUUCUCAUGAAAAUAGUUUAGGGAGAGGUGGAUUUGGACAAGUUUUCAAGGGUGUUCUUUCAAAUGGUCAAGAAAUAGCUGUGAAGAGACUUUCAAAAAGUUCUGGUCAAGGUGCAGAAGAGUUUAAGAACGAGGUUUUAUUAAUAGCUAGACUCCAGCACAGAUAUUUGGUGGCGUUAUUAGGAUUUUGUAUUGAGGAGCGAGAGAAAAUCCUUGUUUAUGAAUAUGUUCCCAACAGAAGCCUUGAUUACUUUUUAUUUGGUUCCCAAAACAACAGGGUAUUAGAUUGGAUGGAGCGUAGUAAAAUCAUAGGAGGAGUUGCUCGAGGAAUUCUUUAUCUUCAUGAAUAUUCUCGCUUGAAAAUCAUACAUCGCGAUCUCAAACCUAGCAAUAUUUUGUUGGAUGAUGAAAUGAAUCCAAAAAUUUCAGAUUUUGGCCUAGCUAAAAUAGUUGCUAUUAGUGAAAAUGAAGGAAGUACAAAUCGAGUUGUUGGAACAUAUGGUUAUAUGUCUCCAGAAUAUGCAAUGUUUGGACAAUAUUCUGAAAAAUCAGAUGUUUUUAGUUUUGGAGUUAUAAUUUUAGAAAUUAUUAGUGGAAAGAAGAACACGGGUUGCCAUGAUUCACAAUAUGCCGAUGGCCUCUUAAGCUAUACUUGGAAGCAAUGGAGGGAUGACAAGAUGCUAGACAUAUUGGAUUCAAAUAUAAAUGAAUUGGGAUCAUACAAUGAAGUGAUCAAGUGCAUUCAAAUUGGUUUAUUAUGUGUUCAAGAAAAUCCGAAUACAAGGCCCUCCAUGGCUACAGUUGUUUCAUAUCUUAGCAAUGAUUCUAUUCAAUUGCCAUCACCACAGGAACCUGCUUUCUUUUUGCAUGGCCAACCAGAGCCUAUUAUCACCAGUGCGAGUGGAGAAUCAUGCUCUUUUUAUGAAGCUUCUAUAAGUGAAUUCUUCCCUCGCUAAAGCAGUUCUUAUACAAUCAGGCUUUUGGUUGGUAUUUACAAGAAAUGAAGAGAUAACUUUCAAUGAUUCCCAUCAAUACACAAUAUUUGUACAUUAUGUUCCUAAGGAAUAUUUAUUCUUCCCUCAAUUAGGGGAUGUAAUUGAGUUUGUUUUGCUUGGGUAAUGGAAAUGAGAUUUCAUUCAUAUAGAAUAUCCAA